UCGUGCAGAAGGGUUCACUGCCUGUCAACUCUCCCAGUUUACUCUUCCGCUCUGUUAUUUCUUCUUCUUCUUCUUCUUCUUCUUCUCCGUUCUAGGGUUUCGUCGAUCCCCACCGUUGCCCGAUCGGAGAAUUUCUUCAUUUCUCAGCUCCAAUCGCUCCUCCUCGCCUUCGAAUUGACUGUUUCAGCUAUGGACGGCGGCGGCAAUUUGGAGGCGGCGAUAGAGCAGCUCCUGAAUGUGGAGAAGCAGAUGAGAUUGGCCGGCGACGUGGCCGGCACCAAGAAGGCGGUCACGGACAUCUUGCAGCUAUGCUUCGAAGCUAAGGCUUGGAAAACCCUGAAUGAUCAGAUUGUACUCUUAUCUAAACGACGCGGCCAGCUCAAGCAGGCCGUGACUGCUAUGGUUCAGCAAGCGAUGGAAUAUAUUGACCAGACUCCGGACCUUGAUACUCGUAUUGAGCUCAUUAAGACAUUGAACGCUGUAUCUGCUGGAAAGAUUUAUGUUGAAAUUGAGAGGGCACGGUUGAUCAAGAAACUCGCUAAAAUCAAGGAAGAACGAGGCCUGAUUGCCGAAGCAGCAGAUUUGAUGCAAGAGAUCGCUGUGGAAACUUUUGGAGCAAUGGCAAAGACAGAGAAAAUUGCGUUCAUCCUUGAACAAGUCCGUUUGUGCUUAGAUCGCCAGGAUUAUGUUCGUGCACAAAUCCUUUCAAGGAAGAUCAGUCCAAGAGUGUUUGAUGCUGAUCCUUCGAAAGAGAAAAAAAAACCCAAAGAGGGUGAAAAUAUUGUUGAAGAAGCUCCAGCCGAUAUACCGUCACUCUUGGAGUUGAAGCGAAUUUACUAUGAAUUGAUGAUACGGUAUUAUUUUCACAACAACGAUUAUCUAGAGAUUUGCCGCUGCUAUAAGUCAAUAUAUGAGAUUCCAUCUGUCAGAGAGAACCCAGACCAAUGGAUUCCAGUUCUCAGGAAAAUCUGCUGGUAUCUUGUCCUGUCACCACAUGAUCCAAUGCAGUCAAGCCUUCUUAAUGCUACUCUUGAAGAUAAAAAUCUCUCAGAAAUUCCUCAAUUUAGGUUGUUGUUGAAACAGUUGGUCACAAUGGAGGUUAUCCAAUGGACAGCUCUUUGGGAUAAUUUCAAGGAUGAAUUCGAGAAUGAGAAAAACAUGCUUGGAGGCUCGUUGGGUGAGAAAGCAGCAGAAGAUCUCAGGCAAAGAAUAAUUGAACAUAAUAUCAUUGUUGUUUCCAAGUAUUACUCGCGGAUAACCUUGAAGAGACUUGCAGAGUUGCUAUGCCUUAGCAUUCAGGAAGCUGAGAAGCAUCUCUCUGAAAUGGUCGUCUCGAAGUCCUUGGUGGCAAAGAUUGAUAGGCCGAUGGGAAUAAUCUCUUUCCAGACAGCAAAGGACAGCAAUGACAUUCUGAACUCGUGGGCAAUGAACUUGGAGAAGUUGCUUGACCUCGUUGAGAAGAGUUGCCAUCAAAUACACAAGGAGACCAUGGUUCACAAGGCUGCUUUGAGAGUCUAGAGCAUGCUUUGGAAAGAUGCAGGGCUGUCUUUGCAGGUUAGCGAACUUUGACAUCUGGUGUGGGCUGAACUGACCGAUCCGUUUUCCGUUUCGCCAACCGGCGUCGGUCAAGAAUGUGCUAAUGCUUUCUCCUCGAGUUUCUUUACGGAUUUCCUCAAGGGUUUAGGGAACUGGGAUAUAUAGUCAGAAAAUUCCGAAAUUCUGUUGUAUGCUAUUCAGACAGUUGUUUCGAUGGGAGGCGGGGAUUUAUGGUGGUGGUUUAUUUCCUCAGUAACAUGAAGAUAUCAAGUGCUGCAUUCUUUGCUUUGAACUUUCUCAUCAUACUGCUUCUGUUGCUUUCAAGAAUCGCUAAUUUUGGGGGAAUUUUGGUCUUCA